UGCAAUCCUCUGUAGAACAUCGAUUCAUCCCUCACCCAAGGUUUUUAAAAAGCUCACCUCUUUCCCAUUCUAAAGGUAUGGUGGUUUCUUCCUUCCAUGUGAUUGGCUGAGUUGAAAGAUGUAUAGAGAGAGAGAGAGAACGGCCCUAUUGGGUUAUGGUGGGAACGAACUCUGCUGCUCGAUGGAUGAUGAUUGGGGAUUUGACCAGAGGACAUAUGAGGAAGAACAGGGGGAUACGAAUAAUGGGUGUUUCGGGUUUCCAGGGAACCAAGCGGCGGGUUGUUUCUAUGGGCAGUGGAACUGUGAUGAGUUGGAAUUUCAGCUAUCCAACACAUCCACAUCAGGUUCCACUCCCCAUGCUGCUGCUGCUGCUGCUGACUACUCCCAACGGUUGGAUCAAGACGAAUCGAAGGCUGUGAUUGAUUCAGACUGCGGCCCCAGCAGACGGCGCCGAGUCAAGGGCAGGGGGAAGAAGCAGCAGCAGCAGGAAGACAUCGAGAACCAGCGGAUUACGCACAUCGCCGUGGAGCGGAACAGGAGAAAACAGAUGAACGAGUACCUUUCGGUUAUUCGAUCUCUAAUGCCUACAUCUUAUGCCCAAAGGGGAGACCAGGCAUCUAUCGUGGGUGGAGCCAUUAACUUUGUGAAGGAGCUCGAACUACAGUUAGAGGCGCUUGCAGUUCGACCACACCAAGAAGUAGACAGUUACUGCUCGGCAAGUGGCAAGUCGAAUACAACGGCCAUGGGCGACGAGUCAUCAUCAUCAGCUGCUUAUUCCUCUGCCGUGGAAGUGAGCCUAGUCGAUAGCCACGCCAGCAUCAAAGUGAGAUCGGCCAAGAAGCAGAGGCAGCUCCUGGAGCUGGUGAAGGGGCUGCAGAGGAUAGGGCUCUCUGUUCUUCACCUCAAUGCCAGUACGGUUGAAGGAACUGCCCUUUACUCCCUCAGUGUCAAGGUAGAGGAUGACUGCGAGCUGACUUCAGGGGAUGAGAUAGCUAAUGCUGUUUACCAGAUCUUAGGAAGCAUUUAGUAAAAGGGUCUUCAAAGAACUCUAUUAUUCCAUUUACCACAAUGCAACACAUUAACGUAAUUUUAAUUUCCUUUGGUAGAAUGGUAAUGUGGGGUCUUUUUUUGCUGUAUCCUCUGCCAAAUUGUUAUGUAGCAGCAGCUUAUAUAACCUUUCUCUGCAUCACUGUAAUAAUCAAUCUCAACCAUAAAAUGCGUAAAACAGCUUUCCUUCGGUUUUUC